AUGUCGCCAGCAGCAGCCAGAAGCACGGGGGACUACGUACCCAGUACCGACGAAUUUGAAGUUGACGAAGGCCAGCGGGAAGAAGAGGAGGAGAGUGGUAUCAGCAACGCCAAGGCCAAGUCGUCAUCCACCUGUCCAACAACACUCUUGUAUCGCCUAUACGUCACCUUCAUCAUACUUCUGUAUUGCGGGUUGAACGCUACAAUGGGCUUGUUUAACCGAUGGGCACUAGGUGUCCAUGGCUUCCAUUUUCCUCUCAUGCUCACCGGGGCUAAUAUGGUGGCGAUGGUCUUCACGAUAGGGCCCGUGGUGGCGUGCUGGCCAUCCAUGCGGGAGCAGGUAUCGACCCACCUCCAGAAGCAUAUAUGGCCAGUAUGUGCAGUCUCCAUCCUUAACGGCGUCCAAUUAGCUCUGAAUAAUGCUAGUCUAGUGCGGAUAGAGUUAUCGAUGAACCAAAUCAUCCGUUCUGCCUCCCCAGUAGUCAUCGCUGUCCUUGGUCGGUUUAUCCUACACACGCCCAAGUCGACUAGUCUACAGAAACUGUCGCUUUUGCUCUUGACACUGGGUGUUGCCCUCACGGUCCGAACACCUAGUGGGUUCAACUCUUCUAGUGUCCAUGUAGGUAUACUACAGUGCAUCCUCGGGACCAUUCUCCUGUCGUUCCAGAUGGUCAUUUCUCAACGACUCCUCGGUCCUGGCACUCGUAUACAUCCCCUCUUGUUAACCUUGUACACGGCUGCUGUUGCUUGUGUGACGUUACUGCCGGUGGCUAUUUGGGCGGAGGGAUGGGAUUUCGGUACCUACUUCCAGGAGCGCCCUGGGGAGACUGUCAUGGUCCUGGCGGCGGGCUGCUCCUGCUCGGUUGUUUAUAGCAUCAUCGUCUUCACCAUGAUCAAGGUGGUGUCAGCGACAGGCACUGCAAUAGUCGGUAACGUGCAAUUAGUGUUACUACUGGGUUUAGCUGAGAUGCUGUUGGACGAGAUGAAGGGCUGGUCAGCUAGACAGUUCCUAGGUGUCAUGUCCACUGUUGUGGGAGCAGGAGUGUGGACCUAUUGUAAGGUUAAGACGCCGUCGAAGCCUCCCACGGAAUACCAGAGUAUUCCCCAAAUCGAUCUCGAGACAGGCGAUAGGAUGACUACUAGGAGUAGCAGUACGAGCAUCUCGCAGGACCAGCAGGGCCCCUCAGCUCAACCUCGGAUCCAGACUCUACCGAAGAAAGAGUAG